AGCACAGAUUUAGUCAGUCUCCCUCCGGCAUCGCGGGAGGUUGUACGCGCGCGACGCACCCCUAUCGCCGUCCCGUUCCAACCAGCCGAAAGUAGGGUACGUGCGAAAGAGAAUCGAAAAAACGCGUUGAAAACUUGGUAUUAAUUAAAGGUGCCGUGGAUUGCGGGGUUAAAGCAUUUUGCAGUGGUGGCUAAUUGAUGUGGCGGGUCGGAGGCUGCGUUUCGUGGCGGUUUCUGACUGGCUGACAGCAGGCGCCGACCAAACGAUGUGAGCGGUCGCGUGCACCCGCCAACAUGUGCUCCCGGGUGGUGUCGGCGCUCUGCAUCCUCUACGCCAUGGGUGGCGAGGGCCAGGAGCACGGGCCGGUGUUCCUGAUGGAGCCACCGCCUCGGCUGGUGUUCUCCAACGGCACCGGCGCCAGGGUGUCGUGCGCAGCGCACGGCUUCCCGUCCCCGCAGCUGGCCUGGCAGCACCAUGACGGCGGCCAGUUGGACGACGUACCUGGACUGCGACAAGUCCUGGACAACGGGACACUAGUGUUGUUACCGUUCGCGGCGAUACAGUACCGUCCAGACAUCCACGCGACGGUAUACCGUUGCCGCGCACACAACGCGCACGGCGCCAUUGUGUCCAGGGACAUGCGCACGCAAGCAGUGGUCUGGCAAGACUGGAGCGUCCGCGUCACCGCCACCCCAGCCGAAGCGGGCGGCCCGGCGCUCCUCACUUGCGUCGCGCCGGCCAGUAUCAGGGAGCACUCGUCAGUGGCGGCGUGGUACAGAAACGACGCCGUGUUGCCAGCCACUGAUCAUUUAGCCGGUCCAACAAUCCUAGUCGAUGACGGUUGGAAGCUCAUAGUCCGGUCUGUGGCAAUAGAAGACUCGCGUGCUCAAUAUUCCUGCUCAGUUCUGGACUCGCUCACUGGCGAGCGGCGACAGAGCGCGCCCAUAGGACUGGAUGUAUCUCCCACAAGCCUUCCAUCAUCACCUCGGGCGCUGACUCACGGGCCGUGGGAGGCCAGCGUGAGGCGAGGCAGCGAUGUUGUCUUGCCUUGCCUUGUCCACAGCAACCCACCGCCCACCAUCACAUGGUACCGUGAAAACGCCGGUGGACUCCGAGACCUGCGCGACACCGAGGGUGGUGGCCGGUACAGUCGCUUGCACGACAGCAUCGGCAUCAGACGAGCAGAAAUACCCGAUGGGGGUCGCUGGGUGUGCAGAGCUGCGAACUCGCACGGCCAUCUGACCUUGAGGCUCCACCUGGCUGUCCAUGCGCAUCUGACUGUACACGCCCAGCCUCAUACGCAGGUGGUAAACAGCGGUGGGACUGCCACCAUCAACUGCACAUGGGGCGGCUGGCCAGCACCUCGUCUGGAGUGGCUUCACAACGGGAUUCCGCUGGGCUCUGGUGUAGCUGGAGGGAGAGUGCGAGUCCAGAACAGCGGAGAACAACUGGUUAUUACGUCAGUACAUCGUGCGGAUAAAGGAGUGUACCAGUGCAUGGCCAGGAAUGAGAGGGACUCGGCUCAAGCCAGUGCUGAGUUGAAGCUUGGAGACACAGCACCAGAGCUCCAAUACACAUUCAUAGAGCAGGUUCUAAGACCAGGGCAGAUCGUGACCCUCAAGUGUUCUGCCGUCGGCUCCCCUCCUCCGCAAUUCACAUGGCAGCUGGACGGGCUGCCUUUGAACACCAUUGCCAUGGGACACAGGUACAGCGUAGAACAAUUCGCAACCAAGACUAACGACGUGGUGAGCUACCUGAACAUCUCCGCGGUAAGGUCUGAUGAUGGAGGGCUGUACACUUGCAGAGCUGCUAAUUCUCUCGGGGAAGUGUCGCAUACUUCAAGACUUAAUAUCUAUGGGCCGCCCUACGUAAGAUCGAUAGGUCCCGUAAGGGCCGUUGCUGGCCGGGAAUUGGUGCUCUAUUGCCCUUACUCGGGAUACCCAAUCAGUUCAGUGAAAUGGCAGCGCAACGGCAAUCCAAUAGAGUGGGACAACAGCAUAGACGGAGCGUUAAGAAUAUCUAGGGUAGACCCGUCUCACGCUGGAGAGUACACCUGCAUGGUGAUGGGAUCCCACGGGGAGAUAGCCAGGAAGGAGCUGCAGUUGGUUGUGAGCAAUCCACCAGAAAUCGAGCCAUUUUCCUUCUCGGCCAACCUCCAAGAAGGCAAGCGCGCCCAGGUCGGCUGCAGCGUCACCUCAGGCGACAUGCCCGUACACUUCACAUGGCUGAAGGACAACGCACCCAUAUCCUCUGCUUUACAGGUGGAAGAGAGGACGGCUGAUUUUUUCAGCAACUUAGUUUUCAAAGAGGUGUUCGCUCGGCACAGUGGGCUCUAUACUUGCGUGGCCUCCAAUUCGGCCGCCAAAGUUAAUUAUACGGCGGAACUCGUUGUUAAAGUGUCCCCAAAAUGGGUGACGGAGCCAAAGGACGAAGCGGUGUUAGCGGGGGAACCCCUGGCAUUACACUGUCAGACUACCGGAUCCCCUACGCCACAAGUUGCAUGGCUCAAACAAAGAGGAGCAACUUCCGCCGACUACACUCCUCUGGUAAACCUCGGCGGGAGAUUCCAAGUGCUCUCCAACGGGACCCUUUGGAUCGAGUCAGCGUUGCCGUACGACGAGGGGCAUUACAUGUGCAAGGCUGAGAACGGAGUUGGGUCGCCCCUCACCAAGACCGUCGCUGUAGCUGUCAAUGAGCCAGCACGGUUCGAGCUGACCUCGCACAACAUGACCGCGCGCCGCGACGCGCCCGCCACGCUCGUGUGCGACGUCCGCGGCGACAGCCCUAUACGCGUCACCUGGGCGCAUAACAUGAACCAUUUAGAUCUUAAUACUUAUAGGUUAAGCAUCUCCGAAGCAAAGACUGAUAGUGGUUUAAGGUCCCAGCUGUAUAUCAGCCGCGCCGACCGGCAAGACUCCGGCGUGUACAAGUGCCAAGCCGUCAACGCAUACGGCCAUAGCGACCAUUAUAUUUAUCUAUCCGUCCAAGAAUCGCCCGACACGCCCCACUCGCUGUCGGUGACGGAGCUCCUCAGCCGCCACGUGCGCCUGUCGUGGAGCCAGGGCUUCGACGGCAACUCCCCGCUGGUCGGCUACACCCUGCAGUACUGCGCGCUCGCCGCUCAGGCCGCCGUCAAGGGGAACCAGUGGGAGUCGGCCACCACUCUUAAUGUGUCCGUCCAUGGCGCCGCUCAUCCACACGUCACACUCACAAAAAAGGCCGACAUCCACUACGAAGCCCUUCUGAGCAGUUUGAAGCCCCAUACCGCGUACAUGAUCCGCAUCGCCGCCAUCAACCAGAUCGACAGGAGCCCGUUCACUGAGCCGGUCGUUGUGAAGACACAGGAAGAUGCGCCAUCAGAGGCACCAACGAACGUGCAAGUGACGGCUGGCGGGCCCGGGGAGCUGCACGUGUCGUGGCGGCCGCCGCCGCGCGACGCCUGGCACGGCGAGCUGCUGGGGUACUCCGUCACCUGCGCGGAGCUGGGGCCCGGCGUCGGCAGGAAUGAUACCAGGACCUUAACUGUAAAUGGAUGGUCUGCAAACGAGUUGAACCUGUCGGCUCUCAGAAAGUUCACCCGCUACGAGAUCAGAGUACGAGCGUUCAAUGGCGUCGCUGCGGGGCCACAGUCUGCCCCUGUCUCUGCUACUACUUUAGAAGGAGUGCCCGAGGCUCCCCCGAGCAGCGUGUCGUGCUUCCCCCUGUCUUGCUCCAGCGUGAAGGUGACGUGGAGCCCGCCGCCCGUCGGCCAACACGGCGGCUUGAUACAGGGGUAUAAGGUCAUCUACUCACCGCUGACUACCGAUCAUGCAGACGUAGGCGAAGUCAAGCGCGUAACAACAACAGACACGUACCUGCUCACUCUGAGGAAGUACACCAACUAUUCCAUUCAAGUGCUGGCCUUCACCAACGCAGGAGAUGGAAAGAGAAGUCAACCGGUCUUCUGCAUGACUGAGGAAGAUGUUCCAUCUGCGCCAGAGAAGAUCAAGGCUCUUCCGUUCUCCAGCGACUCUGUGCUGGUCAGCUGGCUGCCUCCGCUGCAUCCCAACGGGGUUAUAUCACACUAUACUGUCUACUAUCGGGAAGCUGGCAGGUUAGGCAAACACUCAAGUUUUACAGUCACAGCAGACAAAAGAACGGACAUGGAAUUCAGGUUUCAAGUGAGGAACCUAAUGGAGAACCAACUUUAUGAAUUUUGGGUGUCAGCCACCACUGGAUCAGGGGAAGGAGAGUCCACUUUGGUUGUGGGCCAAGGACCGAGUGCCAGAAUUCCAGCUAGAAUAUCAUCGUUCGGACGCCACGUGCGAGUGGGCGCGGGACGCGGCGCAGAGCUCGCCUGCCAGUGCGUGGGGUCACCGACCCCGCGCUCGCGCUGGGCGCACGGCCGGCUGCCCGUCACGCACCACGACUACUACCAGGUCACGCAGGCCGGCCAUCUCCGCAUCAGAGAGGUAAACGCGGAAUCAUCAGGCAACUUCACAUGUACGGCUAGCAACACUAUCGGGGAAGAUUCCAUCGUCUACGUCGUCUCUGCUGUUCUACCUCCUCCAGCGCCAGCGUUAUCUCUUCAGUACACCACUGCUUCCAGCAUCAAACUGCAUUGGCAGAUGCCUUCGGAUACUACAGACCCCAUAUUAGGUUACCUUCUCCACUACAAGCCGGCGACAGACGCCGACUGGCACACUGUGGAGCUGUCUCCGGAGGCCACGUCCUACACCAUGGACAUGCUCAAGUGCGGGACCGCCUACAACGCGAAGAUACAAGCGAGGAACAGGAUUUCUAUAGGACCUCCGAGCGUGGUGCUCACUGUGAACACUAGGGGAGGACGUCCAAAGCCCCCAAAGCCAGAAGACCAUGUCUACAUGAACUCGACCGCCAUUAAAAUCAAUUUUUACGCGUGGCGCGACAGCGGCUGUCCCAUACUUGGCUUCCGCGUGUCGUACCGAAGAGUAGGCACUGAACACUGGAUCAAAGUGGGAGACGGGCUGAGCGCGGCCAGCCACGUGGUGGGCGCGCUGUCGCCGGGCGCGUGGUACGAGCUGGCCGUGCGCGCGCGCAGCGACGCGGGCGACCAGAGCGUCACUCUCCGCGUCGACACGCGCACUCUGGCGGGGGGCCGCAUCCCGCCGCUGAAGCCGUCGCCGGCGUGGGCGGGCGACGCGCGGCCGUCGCGGCUGCUGUGGGCCGCCGCCGCCGCCGGCGCCGCGCUCGUGCUGCUCGCGCUCGCGGCGCUGCUCUGUCUGCUGCACGGGAAGCGCAAGUUUUUCUGCAUUUCAAGCGAUCACUAUAUGAGAGACGACAGAAAGCUAAGUGAAAGUAAUGAACCAGAAAGAGAGAAGCUAAGGGAAGGACAGAAACUGUAUUCAUCUUCCUCUAUCAAUGGAAACGAGAAAUCGAAUGAUGACUCUUCAGCAGAACUAUACGAGAUAAGUCCGUACGCGACGUUCGGCGUGUCGGCGGCGCACUCGCUGCAGUUCCGCACGCUCGCGCGACGCGACGACGAGGCCGCGCCGCCUCACCGUCGUCGGCAUCGAGCGUGCGAACAUUAUCGAUACGAGGAAUCGAGCCUGUCUAAAUGCUCGACAGUGGAGGCGCGCCACCGGCUGCGCGCGGCGCCGCCCGCCUGGCGCGACCGCGACCACACGGACUCUGACGACAACAGCGACAGUGCUGCUAAUACUACCACUAAAGGUUCAGGUGGAUCGCCGUGUGGCAGCACAUACGGCAGUGGACGGCGCAGCGCGCGCACCACCAGCAGUGGAGGCCUAAAUGGGAGCGAUGGACAUUCAGGUAGCUUCGCUCCGGUCCCUGCUGAUAUUUCUUCAUUAAUAGACAAAUAUCAACAAAGAAAAGAACAAGAACGUCGGGAAUGUACCAUACACGUAUAACAUUCCAAGGUCCAUUUGUAGUUUAUAAAACUAGUAUUAGUUUAAAAACUCGAAAAGGCUCUAUUCCAUUUUAUAAUACGGUUUCCUCUCCAUGCUUUGUAAGAAAAGGUUGCUAUCAGGCCAUAAAAUACAAACACUAAAGGGCUUAAAUGGUUUUGUGAUGAUGUCACGUAUUGUGACUCCUUAUUUAUUUAAUGUUAACAAUAUUGUUAUACAUGUAUUUGUAAAAUAAUUGUAAUGUGAUUUAUUCCAACGCUGUUAAUUUAUAACAGUAUAGAUUUCAAUAAAGUUGUAAAUAUUAGUCCAAUGUAAGCUUCAUUACAAAAAUACAAUCAAAUUGCUGUGGGGGUAUUGCUAGAUACAUUUUAUGUGCUUUUGAAUAAAAUAAAGCCAUAUAAUGGCUAUAAAUAUAAUGCAAAAAGUGGCCUCAAAACUAUACCACAUUGUAAAGUCAAUACACUCAUAAAUAUAUUUCAAAUCUAUUUUGGUACCUAUUAUUUGACUUGAUAACGUUUUUUUUAAAGUAGGUGCCUACCUUUUAGUAACUAAAUACAAUUUUCGCUCAUUCUAUAACUACCAACACAAAAUUGUUUCCAAUUUGUCUUCACUUUUCUUUGUGACGGCAGAAAUGAUUUUGAAUUCUAUAAAAUUAUUUGUAUAAUUAUGGUUACUUGAAAUAAAAAUUAUUAAAAAAAAAAUAUUCAUUCGUAAUGUAGUCUCACAGCAAGUGAAAGUAUUAAAUCGCUGGCAAAAUAUUAAUUCAUGCAUCUAAUGCUAAACGCCAGAAAAUAUUAUGCAUUUAGCAGGUGCAUUGAUUGCAUAUUUUCUUAGCAUUAUAGUGUAGAAUUUAAUGAAAAUUAUGAUAUUAUGUAAGUAAUAUUAACGGCUGUUCCAAACUGCAAAGGAUACAUAUCAUUAAAAUAGACUGCCAAUAUUUAAGUGAUUCAUAAUUCUUUUUAAUGUAUUGUUGAUUAAUAUAGUUAAAUUAGAUAUUAAUUAUACACUAUUGUAUAAAAGUCUUUCUAUAUACAUAUUGUGUAAUAAUAAAAUUAUUAAAAUUAGGAUGGAAAAAAGGAAUAAAGAUGUGUGUUGUGGUA